AUGGAAAAGGAUAUGCCCCACCCGGCUUCCCAAGGCGAUAUUUUGAGCAUGAGACGCCAUAGCGGUCUCAUGCAAGGAGCUGGGGAGGCGGUUAGCACUACUUGGAAUUGGUGGGGGCGGCAAUUGGCAUGGAAAUGGUCCGAGAGAGAAGGUAAGGAUGAAAAUAAGGAAGGGGGAUUUAAAAGGAUUUAUUUGCACGAAGGAGUUUUUGGAUCCCGAUGCGGGUCUUUUGUUUCACUUCAUGGUGGUGAUGUUUCGCGAGAAGGUGGGUAUCUCCAGUCGUCUGCUUUGGUUUCUUGUUUCGAUGCCAUGGGCCAAUUGUUUUUGAUAUUCUUGGAUUUGCUCCCGAUCUCUGCUAACCGGCCUGCAGAAUUAUAUGAUCGAUUGAACUUCAAGAUCGAAAAAUACUUAUUAUACAUCCAUGCCCCACCGAUGCUACUGGUUCUGAUUGUUCAACGUUAUCCCGUUAGCUGGCGUAUGUUGAAACGAGUUGGUGUAUUUGUGAUCAUCAGCCCACCAAUUUGGUUGUUUCUUCAAGGGAACGAUUAA